UAAGUCGCCCCGAGUAGCACUUCUUGCUCCAGGAAGCAUCUUGGUGUGAGUCGAGGGUGAAGAUGGCGGCGGUGGGAACAGUGCGGUCGCUGAGGAUCCUGAGACUUUUGCCUCAGAUUGCGUCCCGCCGCUUUAAGCCAUGUCCAAGACGCCAGGUGGACCAGGCUGUCCCCCCUCACCCCUCACACUGUGUGUCUCAGCAGUGGAGAGCCUUCAGAGCGAGCUGUGUGGCUUCUGGACAAGUUCUUCAGUUCAAACUCUCAGACAUAGGAGAGGGCAUCAUGGAGGUGACCGUGAAAGAGUGGUAUGUGAAGGAGGGGGACAAGGUGGCGCAGUUCGACAGCAUCUGUGAGGUCCAAAGCGACAAAGCAUCGGUCACGAUUACAAGCCGUUACGAUGGAAUCAUACGUAAGCUGUACUACGACGUGGACGCUAUCGCCUUGGUCGGAUCUCCGCUGGUGGACAUCGAGACUGACAAGGAGCAAGAUGGCGCGCCUGAGGAGGACGUGGUGAAGACGCCAGCAGUGUCACAUGAGCACACGCACCAGCAGAUUAAAGGCCACAAGAACCAGGCUACACCUGCUGUGCGGCGCCUUGCCAUGGAAAACAAUAUUAAGCUGAGCGAGGUGGUGGGGACAGGAAAGGAUGGACGCAUCCUCAAGGAGGACAUCCUGAACUUUUUGGCUAAGCAGACAGGAGCCAUACUCCCCUACGAUGAAGUGAAGCAGCCAGCGCCUCCAGUGGCUUCGCCCACGCUAAAGAAACCAGCCCAGAGCCCCCCGCCUGCUGUCCAGAGGCCCGUCUUCACAGGGAAAGACCGCACCGAGCCCCUCAACGGCUUCCAGAAGGCCAUGGUGAAGACCAUGACUGCUGCACUGAAGAUCCCACACUUUGGUUACUGCGAUGAAGUGGAUCUGACCGAGUUGGUGCGCUUGCGCUCAGAACUGAAAGGACUUGCUGAAUCUCGGGGAGUCAAACUCAGCUACAUGCCCUUCUUUAUCAAGGCUGCUUCACUUGGCCUUCUGCAGUUCCCCAUUCUCAAUGCUUCUGUCGAUGAAGACUGCCAGAACAUCAUCUACAAGGGGUCUCAUAACAUUGGCCUGGCCAUGGACACCCCUCAGGGCCUCUUGGUGCCUAAUGUGAAGGGCGUGCAGGCUCUGAGUGUGUUUGAUAUCGCAGUGGAGCUGAACCGCCUUCAGGCUCUGGGCUCAGCAGGAGAGCUGGGCACGGCCGACCUAACGGGGGGAACCUUCACGCUCUCCAACAUCGGCUCGAUCGGAGGCACCUACACCAAGCCGGUGAUUCUGCCCCCGGAGGUGGCCAUCGGGGCUUUGGGGAAGAUCCAGGUGCUGCCCAGGUUUAACUCCCGUGACGAGAUGGUCAAGGCUCAUAUCAUGAGCAUCAGCUGGUCAGCUGACCACCGGGUCAUCGACGGGGCCACGAUGUGCCGCUUCUCUAACCUGUGGCGCUCUUACCUGGAGCAUCCGUCCUCCAUGGUCCUGGACCUCAAAUGAGAGCCGCUUCCGAGGACGCCGGCCGGAAGCGCCCGCUUCACUCAGUACUUAGGCGCUUCUUCGCUCAGUAGGGUCACUACAUUUGUGUUGUUUUGUCUCUCUCGCUGCUAGCAGGGACUCUGUGCCUUUGUCGUAAUGCCUUUAUCAUGUGAAAUUGUCACCUAGAAGAAGAAAACAAAGAAGCCUUUUCCGCAGUCACCUUCUCUUACGUUAACCAUAUUCACGUUGUUUUUCAAUACCGUGAACAUCAAGUUCCAGACUGUGACAGACUGUCAUCUAUGAUAAGACACAAUCACAUCACGUAGCUAAAAACAGCAGUAGAAGCCACCUGGAAGCCUGAACAGUCUGUGUCUGUGUCUGUGGUAGAUAACAGUGUGUCAUACGUCUGUUUGUGAUUACUGAAAUGAGUUUCUUCAAGACUUCCUUCAGUCCUCGAGAUGUAAAAGGAGUCAUUCAGACUGGUUUGGUUGUUCAUCAUAGAGCAGCUUAGACUUCUUCACAGUGGUGGUGAUUUAUUUGCUAUCCAAACAACCAGUGAAGCUACACGUCUCCUGAGUUUGUACAUGUAAUGUUAAUAACAGUUAAACAGUGGGAACUGUUUUGCCUUAAAAAUGCCCUGCAUGUGUCUUUACACCAUGUGUACCCUCUUAAAAAGGAUGGUUCUUCAAGGGUUCCUAUCUUUACUGAAGAACCAUGAACACUCGUAUAACCCUUUUGCAGGAUUAAAGGGUUUUUCGCAUCGUGA